AUGCUAAUAUAUAUUUUUAAUAGUACAUACAUCAUUUUUUUCGAACAAAAAAUGGUAGAUAAAUCAUAUUGGUCUCGAAAUAUGCAUCGGUUGACUUUGCUAUUCUUUUUUUUCUUCAAAUUUGUCGGUCUUGCCACAUUUUCUUUAAAUAAUCAGAAAAAUUUAAACAAGAAGAACUCAAAAAAUACCAUGUUUUUUAUCAGUUCUAAACUGGGAAUACUUUACAACUUGUUUGGCAGCUGUCUAAUAAUCGUAUUGUGUUUCUACUCGAUACCACUUAUACUCCGUUCAAAUUAUAUUCACAAAACAAUUGUUACAAAUAUCAUAGAAAUUUUCAUAAUAAUAUUAGGCUCUUUUGUUAUGAUUUCAACUUUAUUAUUUUAUUGUAUAUUUCAAUCAGUUAUCGUAAAAAUUGGAAAUUAUUUAAUUAAUAUUGAGAAUGUGUUGCGUCACUUGCAACAACCAUUAAAUCGAAAAAACAUUUUUAAUGUUUUAUUUCUCAUCUGUUUAUUUAUGUUAAUCUUAUUUAUCAUUCUCUUGAUUACUGAAAUCAAAAGUUUCAAUCCUGAACCAAUAGAACUAAUUGGAAAUAUUAUACCUUUGAUCUUUGUAGCUUUGCUUUUCAUUCAAUAUUUUUUUGUGCUUAAUUUAAUAUAUGCAAUUUUUGUAAAAUUAAAUUGCAUUAUACAAAGCUUUUGUCGAAGUAAAUACGAUGAUAUAAAUUUAAAAAUUUUGAAUCAGACUCGAUGUGUGUUCAUGAGUUAUUCAAGAAUUCAUCUUUUUAUUCAAAUUCGAGACAUUUACGAUCAUCUUUGCGAUAUUUCCAGAGAAGUUUCAGACUUUUAUUCUUUUUCUAUUCUCAUAGCACUCUUUUUUAUUUUUUUGUUAAUAUUAUUCAACUCUUAUUAUCUUUUUUUACUUUUUAACGGUGGGUUCAAUUUUUUACUUAUUACAAAUUCCAUAAUUUGGAUAAUAUUGCCAUUGUCUCUUCUUGCUUUGCUAACUUCGAAAGUAACCAAAGUAAUAAAUGAGAUCGAAAAAACUGGAUAUAUUAUACAUGUAUUGUUAAAUUAUACGAUCGAUCGAGAAACAAAAAUAGAGCUCGAACAAUUUUCACUUCAAUUGUUACAUCAAAAAGUGAAGUUUACAGCGAAUGGAUACUUCACAUUAGAUAAUACUCUUUUUCAUUCGAUGAUUAAUACAGUAACCACGUAUAUGGUGAUUUUGGUUCAAUUUCAAAUGGAAACUUCGAGUGAAAAUGCUAAAUUCUGUAAUUGCACGCAACGCACAUUAUAAAACACAGUUAUGUUACAAAUUGAAUACUGUUUCGAUUUUUGAUACUUAGAAAUAAGAUGAGAAGAGAGGAUACAUAGGAAAUUUAUAGGGACAUGUAUAAGAAUUCAUUUCUCCGUUUUAUCCAAAAACGUUUAUAGAUAAAUAUAAAAACAUUAAAUAUGUAAAAUAAAGAUAAAUUGAGAGAAAUGAAUUUUAUUGAUAAUCAAUACUGUACUUCUUUUUUUUUCUUUUCUUUUUUUUUUUUUUUUUUUUUUUUUUUUUUUUUUAAUCAGAAUUUAUCAGCAAUUCCGUUAAAGAGGACUAAUACAUCGAUUGCAUGCAUGGCAGCGAAUUAUAUGAUUGCAGCUGAUUAUAUACAUUGUUGCUCGCAAUGAGUCUUCUCGCUUGUAUGUGUUUGCACACCAAUAAUCAAUCACAAUUGUGUGCAAUUUGUUUAUCCUUUAUAUAUCCAAGUACAUACUGCUUAAUUAUUAACAAAAUUAUUCAUUACAUACUUUUCUAUUCAUGAUAAAAUGAUAUCGAGAAUGAUGAACUUUAAUAUAUAUAUAUAUAUAUAUAUAUAUAUAUACAAAACAAAUUGGUAAUAAAACCUAUAUAUUUGAUGCUAUAUGAUUACUAUGCUUAAAUUUAUAUUUCUAUGCUUUCAACUUCGAUCGAUCAUCAUUAUUUUUGAAAAAUCUUUGGUAUUCCAUUGUGAUUAUGCUGGACUAGAUCUUCUAAAUAAUGCACAAUAUACACUUACGAUAUUUUUAUAAAAAAGACGCAGUAAACAUGUUUGCGAUUUUUAUAAAAUAUGCAAAUUAAACGUUACUAUAUGCAAUUAAUAUAUUAUCUAGCAGAAUAUCGUUUCACAUCUCUUCAUCAUUUUAUUAAUUUUUUACAUGUAUCUUUUAAAGAAGAUACAUUUCAUUUAUCUCGCACAUGAUAUACAAAAUGGUGUUUUUUUUGGUGUAUCUUUAAAACAAAAGGCGUAAAUAACGGUCUUUCUCAGUGGAAAAUCUAAUCACAACCAGUUAAUACUUAAGCAGCGAUUUAACGAACAUAUUUCUUAAAUCAUCAUCAGAAAAGUUCGCGUAUAGCUCCAAUUAAUGACUUCUUUCCCAUUGCGAGCGUAUACAGAACUGCAGAUGAUUUUUUUUCUUAAAUAUAUACAAACACACGUAACAUCAACACGAACGAUUGCCUUGUUUCGUACUUUGUUGUAAUUAUAUCAAUGGAAAUGUUCCAAUAUAUGUUGUAUGAGGAUGAGGCUUAUUAAUGCCCCUUAUCAUUCUUAUGUCAUUUAAUUUACAACGUUUUUUUCACGAAAUACAAAGAAUUCAAUCGUUCUUCAUUUAUCGAUUUAUCACGCAAUUUUCGACUAUAUUUGUAAAGCCUUGGAAAUUUAACGUGUAUAAUAAUUUGAUAACGUGUCAUUUGAAAAAUAUCGUAUUAAAUAUUCUCUUUUAAUCUUCUCACACUAAUCGUCUCGCUUCCAUCGAUCGGGUCGAAAAUCGAAGAAGAAAAAUGACAACUUAUUCGUGCAACGAUCCGCAUAAAUUUUUAUUUAAAUUUUUAAAAAUCAAGAUCGUUACACUUACUAUGUGAAAGACUGCAGUAUGAUAAAAAUCUCAUUGUUCGUUUCCCUUUCUUGAAAAAAA